ACCUCUCUCUCUCCUCCCAGUCUCAAAACCUAUCCACUCCGGUCGGGUUAUCCCUGACCUCGCCAAGAGCAAACUCCAAUGGCGACUUCCUCCCUCUCCUCUCUCACUGUGGCCUUCUCUUCAUCUCUGUCCUUCUCCACCUCCGUGUCCUCCACGCCGUCCACCUUAUCUUUCCCCCGGGCACGGAUUGCUCGUGCCGCCUCAGCUCGCCGGCAAAAGCCGAUAGUCGCCGCCUCUUCUUCCCUGACCCCAGUCGGCACGGUCGCAGGGAGUGCUUCCGUUGCCGAUGAGGAGGUCGAGGGCGUGAGCCUUGAGAAGUACGUGAAGUCCCGUCUUCCCGGUGGGUUCGCCGCACAGAGGAUCAUCGGGACUGGGAGGCGGAAAUGCGCCAUUGCCCGCGUCGUUCUCCAAGAGGGAACCGGGAAGUUCGUUAUCAAUUACCGCGACGCUCAGGAGUAUUUACAAGGAAAUCCUCUGUGGCUGCAAUACAUCAAAACUCCCUUCUUGACUUUAGGAUAUGAAAGCAGCUAUGAUGUUUUUGUGAAAGCUCAUGGUGGAGGUCUCUCCGGUCAGGCCCAGGCAAUUUCUCUUGGUAUUGCACGCGCUUUACUUAAAGUCAGUGAGAACCACAGGGUUCCCUUGAGGAAAGAAGGCCUUCUGACUAGAGAUUCUCGAGUUGUUGAGCGGAAGAAAGUUGGUUUAAAGAAGGCUCGAAAAGCUCCUCAAUACUCAAAGCGUUAAGAGUAUAUUACUGAAUCACUCUCCCUUUACAUUAUUUGUCAAUUUUUAGCACUAAGCAUACUACCAAACAUUAAGGGAAUACACGCUUCCAAAACUAGGGCAUCUAUACCACCCUAGUUGCUCUCUGCUGUAUGACCUUUUUAUCCAUCAUAUUCCAACUACAUCUUGAUAUGCUAGUUUACAAGAAGUAAGGUGAAUAUUCUGUACGCAGGAUUUUGGUAUCAUGUAAGCAUGAUACUCGGUUUCCAAUUCAAGUUGUGGAUUGUUUUAGACAGGCUUCUCCUGAGUCGAACUGGGAAAAGCAUUCGGUGUUUGUUGUAGCAUUGUAAUUCAAUCUGCUUCAGUUGGUUCAUUGUUUGGUGAAUGUUGCAA